UGUUGUUGGAAUAUCGUCCUGCUUUAUAUAAAGUUAAGAAAAAACAAAUAAACCGAAAUGUUUUUGUCUUGUUUUAUAAUUGCUGUUAAAGUCGUUGAUUGAAAAAUGCCAGUUUUGGUCACAUGGUGACUCUGAGUAUAUGGGAUCUUACGUUGUUGAAGGAAGUUGGAAACGGAUUAAAAUCAGGCCUUGGGCUUUUACAGUCUUGGAAAACUUACAUUUGCAUAAGCAUACGUGAUGGAUGAACAAUGUGCAAAGAAAUCAAUCGAAACAUUCAAUUUGAAAAAGAUACAGAACCAUUGGUUUAUAGAAGCUGGCGGAAAGAUGCACCAUUUGGGUAUUUUGAAUAAUGUCGACAGUGUUCAUAUGGACGAAAAUGUUAUAUUCGCAGACGAGUCCAUGUACCAAGUGAUCGUGAAAGACAACGGUGAAUUAAAAAUUGACAAAAUUGAAGAUCUUUGCACGAGUAUUGGUGAAAAAAAAGAACAACCGGAUAAGGAAAAACACUCUGCGGAUAAUGAGGGGUAUGAUUCUGACUGUGAUAGUGAAGACGCAUCUGGUUUUUCUAAAUAUUUUCUUAAAACGGGACAGAAGAAUGUAUUUCCUGAAGAAGACCAGUCUGACUUUUUGAGAAAAUUUCUUAAAAUGGGCCUGGAGGAGUAUGUUUCUGAUGAAGAAGACGCAUCUGAUUAUUCUAAAUAUUUUCUCAAAAUGGGCCAGGAGGAGAAUGUUUCUGAUGAAGAAGGUCCAAAUGCGAAAGGAUAUGAAAUCAACAUUCAUCUCGAUAAACUUCACAAAGCGUCUGAUUAUUCUGAAUAUUUUCUCAAAAUAGGCCAGGGAGCGAAUGCAUCUGAAGAAAAAGAUGCAUCUGGUUUUUCUAAACAUUUUCUUAAAAUGGUCCAAGAGGAGAAUAUAUCUGAUGAAGAAGACGCACCUGAUUUAUUAAAAUAUUUUCUUAAAAUGGACCAGGAGGAAAAUGAUUCUGAUGAAGAAGACGAAUCUGUUUAUUCUGACUAUGUCCUUAAAAUGGGCCAGGAGGAGAUUGUAUCUGAUGUAGAAGAUGCAUCUGGUUUUUCUAAACAUUUUCUUAAAAUGUUCCAAGAGGAGAAUACAUCUGAUGAAGAAGACGCAUCUGAUUAUUCUAAAUAUUUUCUCAAAAUCGGCCAGAAGGAGAAUGUAUCUGAUGAAAAUGACGCAUCAGAUUACUCUGAAGAUAUACCUGAGAUAGGCCAGGAGGAUUUUGUACCUGAAAAAGACGCAUCAGGCACUGAUCAACAGCUGGAAAUGGGAUCCGAAGAGAUAGAUAUUGAAAGAAAAAACAAAUCCGGGACUGAGAUACAGCUUGAAAUGGGCUCCGAAGAGUUUGUUCCUGAAGGAGAAACUGAUAUGAACAUGACUAUUCUUGUGACAGCCUUGUAUGACUUCAAUGCAAGAUUAGAUAAUGAAAUAUCUUUCAAAGCCGAAGACGUUUUCAUUACUUUUAGGCGGAAUCUUAAAGACAGCAAUAUAUGGAUGAAAGCAACACACCAGAGAUCAGGAGAGAAAGGGUUCAUACCGAGAAAUUAUGUUGUUACCGAUUUCAAAAAAUAUUACUUAAAAGAUUGGUGGCAUGACUUGAACAAAAGAGAAACAGUAAGUCAGCUGUCGGCACCUCAUUUUGGACUAGGAGCUUUUAUCAUAAGAACCGCAUCCGAUAAAAUGUCACUGGCUUUAUCCGUUAGAGAGUCAGAGAUGGGAGAAAAUACAGUUAAAAUCCAACAUUACAGAAUAUAUUGGUCAAACGACGGGAGAUUUCGUCUUUCAGAAGAAGAUCGUCUGUUUGCCGAUAUGACUGCUCUGAUUCAAUACUAUCAAGAUCAUUUGAUUAAUGGCUUGUGCUGCAGACUAGGAGAACAAGUUGCCAAAACGAUUCCUGACGUGCCUUUCAGAGAUCUAGAAUCACAAGCAAAAUUGGUGACAAUCCGUCAAAAUGUGGGUCCAAACAUAAGCACGGGUGAAUGGAGAAACCGAGGAGUGACAAUAAAACAAUCCAGUCAGUUGGAGAUUAAACACUUCUUAACAGAGAUAGAUAUAUUGAAGCGAUUAAAACACGAUAAAAUUAUAAAUUUGCUAGCCGUGAUCACAAAAGAGAAACCAUUCUUGAUGGUUUUUGACAUGAUAACAAUAGGUACCCUCAGUGAUUAUCUCAGAAAAGAUAUGGGAAAGACCAUAAAACACGAUCAACUUCUUGAUAUGGCAAUUCAGAUUUCAAAAGGUAUGGAUUAUUUGUGCAAUGAACAAAUUGUCCAUAGAGAUCUUAGGACAGGACAUAUACUUGUCGGGCAAGUAAAUAAGCUCAAAAUUGCCGGAUUUGGAAUGGCAAAAAGGCUUCAGAACGAUUGUUAUGUUUCACUUGACAAAGAAAGGCUUGCAAUUAAGUGGACUGCACCGGAAGUGUUUAAUGAACGUAAAUUCACAACUCAAUCAGAUGUGUGGGCCUUUGGUGUGUUACUUUAUGAGAUGAUUACUUUUGGAAAGCUACCUUACCCAGGUAUGAGCAAUGACGAAACAGAAAGUAAAGUUAUAGAAGGGUAUAGGAUGAAAAUGCCAGAUGAUGGACAUAUUCUUUGUCCACGAGAAUUAUAUGACAUCAUGUUGCAUUGCUGGGACAAAAUUCCUACAAAAAGACCCACAUUCUUAAACAUUAUAGUUUCACUAAACAAGUAUGCUACAAAACCGCAUCUUUCUGAAACAGAAACAAAGACCAGUGACAGAUCAAAAAUAAAAACCAAAACAGAGAAAGAUACUAAAAAUGCGUGCGUGUCAAUGUAAACCAAACAAUAAAAAAACAAAAACAAAAAACUUACACCGAAUUUCUUUUAUGUUUAGCCAGAUUUGUAAACAGAAAAGAUAUACAAUUUCAUUUUUAUUUUAUUUUAUUUUUGUAUAAUAGAUAAGAAUCUUUUAAAUUAUAUUGUACGGAAGAAAUGCUAAGAUUUUGUCUUUCAUUUGCAUGUUGGUGAUGAUGUAAAUAACAAAAAUUGCAAUUAUAAUGAAAACAAUGCAUAAAAGAUAGGUCAAGAAAAAGUUGAAGGUUAUCUAUAGAAAAAUAAAUAAAAUUAUAAUGUUUCAAAUAUGACUCGAUAUACGAUUUAAACUUUAAAAGGAGAAAAAAAAUAUCUCGAUCAAAGACUGUUAAAUGUUUUUGUUUUGAAUCAAAAAUGAGAAAUCCAACACUAAUGUUAACACGCAUACAAAGUCUUUUAAUUCCAUGAAUGCAGCAUUCAAACGCCCUAAACUUAAAGUUACAAUAUGUAUUGCUUUAAUUUUUUGCUUUGAUCCCCCCAAACAAAAGCCGGUCAGGACGAGAUUCUAGGUGUUUUCUAGGUAAUUUGGUUGUAUGGUUUAAAAGUGUCUUCUCAAUUGGAGGUAUCCAUAUUCCUAGUUGAAUUUCGAAAAGGCUAAUUUUGUCAGCCUUUUGACAGCUGUUAACUAAAUACAUACCAGUAGUGUUAUCUAAUUACUACACAUAUGUUGUUAAAUAAUCAAAACAACUUUUCCAACCAAUUACUAGGGUAUUUUGAAUCAAACAGUAGCCUUUAGAGUAUGAACACGUUUUUUUCCAUAUUUUGGCGAUGUGACCUAGUUUGACUCUAGGUGAUCCAUACUGAAACGUGAGCGAGAAUCUAAACAAAUGUUUUGCCUAAUUUCCAGGGUAUUUGAAUUGGAACAGAUGACCCCAGAUAACACAUUUUCAAGCUAGUGCUAGAAAAAAUCAAAACAACAUUUCUGACACAAUGUUCAGGUUUUUUGGACUAAAACAAUAGCAACUAGAGUGAUAACAAGACUUUUCAAUUUUCAAUUCCUUAGAUGUAGUUUUUCAUCCAAGAUGACAGAUGAACUCGUCCGAACAAUAACUUGGACAAAUCUCCUAACAUAGUCUAAUGACAAUUGAAACAAUAAAAUGACCACUAGAGUGUUAACGAACUAUAAUAGCUAUAAUUUUUAAUCAUGCCCCUUGGGUCAAUAUUUAGCCUGCCCAGGGGUUCACUAGUUUUCAAAUACUUUUAUAUUUAUAAAUUCGUUUAAAUCUAAUUGUAUGAAAUUUCAAUGCCGAGAACUUUAAUAUUUUGCAUGCAGCAUUACCUUGUGGGCCUCUACAAAAAUUGUUAAUGACCUGGGAUUUUUGCCAGCCACAGGUUACAUUGACGUACAUGUACAUAGUCAAAUACAUUUAAAUUUCAUUGUGUGUUGUAAUUGAGUAUAUUUAGGGAUUGAUUAUAUGGACCUUUCCGUUUUUUUCGUAGCGGAACAUUUAGCCACACCUUUUCCAUUCAUUGCUAGGUCAACUGCUCACAAACAGUAUCACAAACAUAACCACGUUAUUUUUUGUGCAAACCAGGUCAACCAGUGACUAUGUAUUAUGUCAGUGUAGCGAUUGGAUAACAAGUUAGCUAAUUUACAUAAAACUGUAAACACCGGAAAGGUCCAUUGCUUGCAUUCAUUUAAAAAUUGAUUUGAGAGCUUUUUUGUGAUUUGCCAGUUUCAAAACAAUACAUGUGCAUGACAAUUUUAGUGAUAUACAAAAUAUAUGAAAUGUAAAAUAAGAAAACAAGAAUCAACAAGAAGUGCUUGUUAUUCUAAUGUGAAUAUAUUAUAUUUCCUAAACUAAUUGGUUUACAAAACGGGUCAUGUUGACAUAUUUGAUGUUUAAAACACGACAAAAACCUUAUUUUGUAUAUUUUUGCCCAGAAAUUGUACUUACAUUGCAAUCGAUGGAAUUGCUUUCAGAGAUUUCCCUAGCAGGAGAAUGAUUUUCCCAGUCUUAUAUAUACUUAUUACCAUAUUACAUAUAUAAAUAUGCAUUGCUCAUGUUAUCGUGUUAUUGUCUUGCUCGGUUAUAAAAGGAAAUAAAAACAUUUUU